AUGAACUACUUUCCCGAGCUUCAUUCAUUUCAACCCCCUACAACAAAUUAUGGACGAGAUGCAUAUCCGCUGGCGAUGCCCUGUAUGUCUAUGCAAGAAAUUUCUCUAGAUGAGGACUUUGUCAGAAAUGAUAUGCCUCGAUUGACGGAUUCGCUAUCGGACUGGUUCACCGAAGACUCAUGCUGCUACACCGCUAAAGAUGCUAUCAAAGAUUUGAAUGCUGCGACGACUUGGAGCCCAUCAUCGCCGUUGAAAAAUACCAAGCAAAAAUCGGAGACGCCAGAGCGUGGCGCCUGCGCGGUGUGCGGGAUGAAGGCGUCCGGGGUGCACUACGGCGGACGGAGCUGUGAGGGUUGCAAGAGUUUUUUCAAGCGUGCCGUGCAGACACAGACGUUUCGCAACUUCUUCUGCCGAGGGGAAGGGACUUGUUCGUUGUUGCGUUGCAGUAUCUCCUCAGGAGUGGGUAGCCCGAGCUUGGUCCGUACAUCAGACGCCCGAUUUGCUCAGCCCUGCCACUAUUAUAGGACGAAGAACUGCGAGCUCUUUUUUUACGAAGCCCACAGCAGCGACGAUUGUUUGCUUGUCGCAGCCUCGAUUUUGUAUAAAAGGCGGGGCGGUGCAAACCAGAACAUUCACUUCGGCGGCUCAGCUCGAAACAUGCAGAAGGUCGUCUGCCUCGUCGUCGUCCUCGGCUUCGUCUCACAGGCAAAUGCGCAAUGUGACCCGGUUCCUUCCCCGGCUCCUGCUGCCGGUACUGGGACAGCCCCGGCCUGCCUACCUGGUGAGGUUUGCUACAAUGACGGUACGGACGAUGCAUGCUACGUUGAUGACGCGACCACAACUACUCCCUUGGUGACCACGACCGCCGGUGGUGCCACCACCACAACAGUGGACUCGGCAACAACGACGACGGUUGCCGAUUCCGCCACCACUACCACGGUUAGCAGCGAGAGCUACUCUGGCAGCUGCGUCGAUACGAACAGCAACUGCGCGACCUGGGUGUCGAACGGCUUCUGCACCAACACGGCCUACACCAUCGAGCAGAGGGGCCAGUACUGCGCCAAGAGCUGCAAUCUCAAGCCGGCUUGCAGUGGAUCAAGCACCACCUGCACUGACUCGAGCAGCAACUGCGCCAACUGGGUCGCCAACGGCUUCUGCAACAGCGCCUUCUACACGACCGCCCAAAAGUCUCAAUACUGCGGAUCCAGCUGCAAUCUGUGCUCGUCGAACGGCGGCGGCUCCUCCUCCACCUGCACCGACGGAAGCACCAACUGCGCCAACUGGGUGUCGAACGGCUUCUGCAGCAGCUCGUUCUACACGACCGCCCAAAAGAGGCAGUACUGCGGCUCCAGCUGCAGCGUUUGC